AUUACUGUCCUAGCGGUUAGUGAGUCAAAAGGUGUAUAAUAAAGCUAUCUUGCUUCAUACGCUUGGCGCUAUAAAAUCGACUGACCUUGUGAAUGUGGAUGUGGGAAGAGCGAAAAAAUUAAAUGCAUUACAGAUGAAUGAUGAUCUUGAAUAAUUUGUUUAUGUUUUCCUUUGCGUAUUCACCUUGAAUUUUCUUACGGUUGAAAAAGAUUUUGUGGAUUGAAGUUUUCGGUGGUUCGGUUUUUGAAUUCAGAUAGAGCCAAUUGAGCGUCUUCAGUAAAAAUCUGGAUGGAACUAAGUAAAGAAUGGCGGAACCAUUACUAAGUUCAUGUUGCCGAUGUUAUUCUUUACGGAGCGGAUCAAUAAUUUCGGGCAUAAUGGGAAUCAUAUUAUCUAUCAUUUCGAUCAUUCUAAUUUUUACAACAAGAGUUGAAUUUAAAACGAUUCUGAUGGAUUGGCUACCACAAAAUGUUGUGAAAAUAAUAUUUGCCCUUAAUCUAUGCAUGACUAUUUUGAUUUCAUUGAUAAUGAUACUUGGAGUGAUUAGGAAAAAUCAUUAUCUGAUGAUGCCCUGGGUAAUACUUGGAAUUAUGCUGGCGAUUGGAUUAUUGAUAAGUGUCAUCUAUACUGCUGUUGUUUUCUACAUAGAUGGAUUUGUUCUUGGUGGAACAUUAUGGAUUAUUAUUGGCUUAGUUUCUGUCGUCGUGUACACUUAUAUGUGGGCCGUUGUGUAUAGUCAUUUUGUUGAACAGAGGAACGAAAAUGAACGUGGUCGAUACUCCAAGCAACCUUACAGGCGAUAAUCAUAUAGUACAAAGUGCAACGAAGAUUAUUAAAUUUACUAAACAAUUUAUUGCGAUGUGAAUGCGCACGCCAUGUUUGUAGACAUUAGUUAAUGUAUAAUAAUUUAUUUGUAGACGUACGAAACUUGAAUAACUCAUAUUUUAAGGUUUUUAUAAUCGUGUAUUAACAUUUUAAAAAUUUGUAA